UCUAAAAGAAUGGGCUUCAAACUUUGGCGCCCUGCAGCUCAUGUAAUAUUAGGUUAAAGGCUCUCAGGACCAUAUAAUGUGUACUAUGAACUGAAGGAUCGACCUCAAUCACUGAUCUUGUCCGAUGGAAAGUUCUGCUUAUCAGCACAACAGUGAUCUGUCUUUUACCUCUGCCAGCUGCAGAAACGGGGAACAAGAAAUCAAAGAGGCUGCAUGACCACAGUGUAAACAGUGUUUUCUCUCGUCAAGUUGCCUGCACCUCCUCUGCCCGUCAAGCUGCCUGCGACGUUGUCAACGCCUGCUGUUAUCUGUGGAAAAGGAGCAACACAGCCUUCUAAAAGCUACAGCUCAGAGUCUCUAGUUCUGCUCCCAUCAUGGACCACACGGCUGAUCAGUUUUCUAAACCAGAUUUCUCCAUCAACAUGACGGCUGCCAACACCACCUCCCUUUCCACAUUUACUCUGUCACCUGUAAUGGACAAAGUUGUCAACAUACUUAUGAUCAUUAUCCUUUUAAUCACAAUGGUUUCACUGGGAUGCACCAUGGAGGUGUCCAAGAUUAAGAAUCAUAUAGUGAAACCUAAAGGGGUGGCCAUCGCAGUUCUUUCCCAGUAUGGCAUCAUGCCUCUCACUGCUUUUUCCUUGGCCAAGGGCUUCCAGCUGCCUGAAAUGACGGCUGUGGUUAUUCUGAUUUGUGGCUGCUGUCCUGGAGGAGCUCUGUCCAACAUCCUGGCUCUGGCACUGCAGGGGGACAUGAACCUCAGCAUCGUGAUGACGACCUGCUCCACGCUGUUGGCUCUGGGCAUGAUGCCUCUCCUGCUUUUCCUCUACUGUCAGGGCUUCUCAAGCCUGCAGGGCGCCAUCCCUUAUGUUGACAUCAUUAUUUCACUGGUCACAAUCCUCAUACCUUGUGGUGCUGGCGUCAUCCUCAACCACUACCGGCCGCAGUACUCCAAGAUCAUCACAAAAGUUGGCCUGACGAUCAUGAUGCUGUCCAUUGUGGUGAUCGGUGCUCUUGCCAGCUUUGAAAUCGGAGGUUCCAUUUUGGCUGUGUUGUCUCCUCCACUCACGGCCAUUGCUGCCCUCAUGCCCUUCAUCGGCUAUGCCUUUGGUUACAUCAUCUCCUCGCUCUUCAGAUUAAACCAGUCGGAGAGGAGGACUGUUGCUAUGGAAACAGGCUGUCAGAACAUCCAGCUGUGCGCGACCAUACUGAAGAUAGCCUUUCCUCCAGCAGUCAUCGGGCCUAUGUUUCUGUUCCCCAUGGUCUACGCGUCCUUCCAGCUGACUGAGGCGGCGGUGCUCAUCGUGCUGUUCAGGUGUUACCAAAGAUUCACCAGGAAAGAGAAAGAGCCUUACCAGACGGUUACUACUGAGGACAAACUGAAAGAGGGGACUGUGUGAUGGAUGAACAUCCUGGAUUUUACACAUGUGAAAAGAGAAAACCUGCAGAUCACCAGACUACCUGAGCUACUUGAGACAAAAGAUGUGGAGAUGACUUCACUAAAGGAUGGUCAUCAUGUACCAGAUGUUUUUUUUUUUUUUUGUAAAUUUGUUGUCAUUUUCAUUUUGAGCACAAAUAAAGACAAAAAAUCCAUUUAGCUAAAAUUGGUUUAUUGAUUAAGUCUAUUGUUUUCAUACAACUUAAACAUCUAUUUCUUUUUUUCCCCACAGAAAAUAAAGUCCUCCUGUACAAAAAAAAAAAACAAUGUUUUUGAAACUUUUGCCUACAUGUUCAUUUGAAGCACAGUAACAUCACAGCACCAACACAUACUCCUGGAAUUACAUUUAAAUGCUUUUAACAGAACAUUGCUAAUCAGCUUGCAUCCUGUGAGCGAAGAAGUGUUAACUUUAUACUUGAUUUGCCUCUUUAACCAAAUCCAAUUUCAAGAUUUUAUAGGACACGUGAUAUUCAUUUACAGCCAUUUAACUGGUGGAACAACAUGGAAAUUGUACACAAAUGGCAGUUAUAGUGUUGGAUUAUAUUUGAGCUUUAAGCUCAAAUAAAAGGGUGUCCAGUAAAAUGAAAUUAUAUUAAACAGAAGCACAUGCAAGGAUCCUAAAUUAAAUCUAUCACACACAAUCACACAAAAGCUGUGCUAGGUACAAAGGGUUAGAAAA